AUGGCAGCUGGCGGAGCGGCCGCCUUGACGUUUUUGGAUCAGGAGAGCCGAGUCCGAGCUGGGGGGGUCGGUAGUCUGCAAGUGCCGGCCCCGGUCACUAUGGACAGUUUCUUCUUCGGCUGUGAGCUCUCAGGCCACACCCGCUCUUUCACCUUCAAGGUAGAGGAAGAGGAUGACGCGGAGCAUGUGCUGGCUUUGACCAUGCUCUGCCUCACCGAGGGGGCCAAAGAUGAGUGUAAUGUGGUAGAAGUCGUGGCUCGGAACCAUGACCACCAGGAGAUCGCAGUCCCUGUGGCCAACCUCAAGUUGUCCUGCCAACCCAUGCUCAGUUUGGAUGACUUCCAGCUCCAACCACCUGUAACCUUCCGCUUGAAGUCAGGUUCUGGCCCUGUGCGCAUCACUGGGCGGCACCAGAUUGUUACUAUAAGCAAUGAUCUUUCUGGGGAAGAGAGUGAAGAAGACGGGAGUGAGGAGGAGGAAGCUGAGUUGUAUCCUAUCCUUCCUGCCAAGAAGCUGGGGCGCAGGCUCUAACCCUCCCUGGUCAGCUAGCUGCCUGCCACAUACACCAGGUUCCUGGACAAGUUUCAAGAACUUUGUAUCUCUCCAUUGAAGAGGGUUGGGGUGGGGGUGGGGGUCUUGGUCUGGUGCAAGGAGAACGGGGGUCCCAUUCUCCAAAGGACCCUGGUGUUCUAAUCCUGUACCUCACCCCAAGCUUCCCUUUUCUCCAGGAGUGGGAAGAACUCUGAACUUCUAUCCUGACCUUCUCUCCCCACUUGCCUAUGAGGUUGGAGGUCAGCAUCUGAAGCUCAGUACUACACAUUUUUAAUGUUUUUUACAUUUUUGGAUAAAGGUUGAAAUAAAAUGUGGA